CUGUUUGAAGAGAGAAUACUAGAGAAGCAGACAAAAUCUAAAUUGUUCAUGGCGCAGCAACCACCACCUUAUUACAAUCAUCAACCUACUUCUAGCCAAGUUUACUAUCAGCCUGGUACGAACUACCCGCAAGCGCCCAAUGGCGCUUACAACCCUUACCAGCCACAACCUCAAAUAAUUUACGUGGAACGUCCACAACAAAGGGAUAGUUCAAACGAUUGGUGGCUUACAUCGUUACUGGCCUUGUGUUGCGGUUGUUGUCUAGGAGAGAUGCUGUGUGAUUCACCUUGUCUAUGCUGUGUACUCCCUUGUCCGAUACGAAUGCCGCGAUUCCGUUAA